AUGAUAACCCCGCGCAAAGUGCUGCUUGCCCUCAUCGUCGUGGUCACCUUCCUCGUCGUCCUCCGCUCGUUCCGAACGCCUGAACUUCCCGGCGCGCCUGGGUAUAAACCCGUGAAAAAAAUAUCUGAAGAGGAGGCAGACACAUUAGCAAAAUCUCAGCGCAAAACACCACCUCAAGGACGAGCCCAACUACCCCUCGGUGCAUCGCCGGCUGCACCGCUUCGUGAGCGUCUCCGCUAUCAGUUCCCCUAUGAGCUGGAGGAACCAUUCCCCGCAUAUAUUUGGCAGACAUGGAAGUACAAUCCGUCGUCAAUGUGGUUUGAUGAAGACCUUCGGGGCCCGGAAGCUAGCUGGUCAGAGAUGCACCCCGGUUUCGCACAUGAAGUGAUCCCUGAUAAUACACAAGCCCACUUGAUCAAGUAUCUAUACGGAUCGAUUCCGGAGGUAUAUGAAGCAUAUGACUCGCUACCCCUGGGAGUCAUGAAAGCAGACUUCUUCCGGUACUUGGUGUUACUGGCUCGGGGCGGGGUGUAUAGCGACAUUGACACAACGGCACUUAAGCCCGCGCACACGUGGCUGCCGGAGGAAUUGGACCGAUCAACAAUUGGGUUUAUCAUUGGCAUCGAGGCUGAUCCUGACCGCCCAGACUGGCAUGAUUGGUACACGCGUCGCCUGCAGUUCUGCCAGUGGACUAUUGUCUCGAAACCGGGACAUCCGAUUCUUCGUGAUAUGGUGGCUUAUGUCACCGAGCAUGCAUUACGGAUGAAGAAGGCCGGUAUUCUAAGGGUCGGCAAGAUGGACAGAACCAUCAUGGAAUUCACCGGGCCAGGAGCCUGGACAGAUGCCGUUUUCCGCUACUUUAAUAAUCCGGCCUAUUUCAAUAUCCAACCCGGCGAUAAAAACAUCACAUAUGAGGACUUCAGCCAUCAGACCAUACAUCGCAAGGUUGGCGAUGUAGUCGUUUUGCCUAUCACCAGCUUUAGUCCUGGUGUCGGUCAGAUGGGUGCCGGGGAUACGGAAGACCCCAUGGCCUUUGUGAAACACAAUUUCGGGGGUAUGUACAUUUUGUCGCCGUGGAUUCAUUUCUUACCCGAGCGAAAAGAUCCUAAUUUAUUUUCUCCGCAGGAACAUGGAAAACAGAUCCAACGCUGUGAAAGUGAUACCCUCGUGCAACUCGCAUCGGUAUCCAGUAUCGUGAAACCGAACUACGCCCCCAUCCUCUUUUCCAAUAUAUCACUUCCGCCUUCUCGUUCAAUCACCCUCUAUCUUCUGGCUGAGUCUGUGCCCGUCACUGUACUCAGCACGAUGAAGUUCAUCCGCUGGUAUUGA